AUGGACAGCCAACAAGCAAUGGACGAACAACCAUCAGAGAGGCGACCUAGGGGCAGGCCACGGAAGAGUACGCCGCCCGAGCCAGCGGAGAAGCGGCCUGUAGGCCGACCCAAAGGCAGCAAAAACAAGCCGAAGCAGCCAUCAGGCCCUCCUGCUCCGGCACCAAGCUCGAUCGCGCCUCCCAGACAGAAUAAUACCGACGAUGAUCGGGAAGCUGUCCAGCUCACGCCUGGCGCAAACGACCAGUCACGUCGACGUGUCAGACGACGGGAAGGCUCGAGCUCGGAGGACGAAGAUGGCGGCGUCACGAAGCGAGGGCGCCAUGCCAGCCCGCAAGCGGAUCUCCCAGACCUCCAGCAGGGAGGAGGGGAUGAUCCGUUUGCCGACGGCGAGGUACCACUGUCGGGCGUACGCGAGCCCAGCGUCCAGUCGGAUGCAGGGUAUGUACCGCCUGAUGAGGAUCCAACCAAGCCACCGUCUCCCGACAGUUUCAUGGCGGGCGGUUACGAGAGUGCGCCAUCUCCAAUGAGGGUACAGCCAUGGACACCGGUGGCAUAUCGGCCAUUGCACCAGCCACCGCCAACCACACCCUGGAACGGAGAUAGAUACGAAAGUCGGUUUCAGCGUCUAGAGCAGCGGCUGGAUGGCCACGAGCGUCUGUUUUCGCAGCAGGCUGGAGCACUGCGAGAUCUCACGCUGCAGGUUAGCCGGCUUGUCGAAAGCAUUACUAGCGGGCAGCAGCCCGCUGGCCCUGCGCGGCUUCGCGGUAGCAUGCAGCGCGCUGUUGCCGUACAGACGGAAAGUCUUUCGGAUUUGGGCCAUGACGACGAAGGGGAAGAGACUCGGGUCUUGGGAUUCAUGGAUGCCGGGGCCGGCUGUGACGAGGACGAGGUCAAGGACGACGAAGACGACGAAGAUGAGGACGAAGAACCCACCAUCAGGAUGAUUGCCAACGUUCCCGCUCGCGACUUCCGCACUCCAGCCGAGAUUGCACGGCAGCGCCGUGUGAUUGAGGCGAUAGAGGCGGCGCGUCCCGGUGCCACCGCCUCCGUUCGCCGACAGCUCAACACUGGUCGCCCGAUGCUGUUCGCCCUUCAAGGAAUAUGGGACAUGGCGUGUGACGCGGGCAAAGUCCCAAUCGUUACCGCGAGCUACGUCUUUUGGAAGGAAGACGAGGUCAUGUGGAACUUUGAGUGGUCUCGUCAGCUCGUGACGACACUCUUCGCGGAGCCUGAGCCCUCCCUUUACGGUGACGGCCUGGACGUCUACACCAGCUAUAGUAGACAAUACCUCGAUUUCUGGGCCAACAAGACGAGUGGCGAUCAGGAGACACGGGCCGCAGCUCUCCAGGCGCGGUUCGGAGAAGAGCUGCCUCGGGUCCUAGAGGCAGUAGGCGGUUCUUGCGCGACAGCACUGUCCGGAAUGCACCGCCUCCAGACGGAGGCGGUCGCGCUCCGCGCCAUCGACGACCUCGAGGAGGCGGUGGGAGCUGCUCAGCAGAGCACUUCCCGUGCCGACGUCCUCGAUCACUUCUUGGUCGAUUCUGGCGACUACUUUUUGUCCUCUGAUGCGCGGCGCCGCAUCGCUGAGAGGCCGGCCAUGCGGCUAUUCUUGACGGCAGUCGCUGAGGCUGCGACAGCCCGGCACAAGCAGAUCUGCGAGCGUCGCGACGUGCUAAAGGCACUCGUCGACGGCAAUGGCCACGCCUGGCUCGAUUGCAUCCCGAGGGCUGCGCGGUGGGUCCUCGCAGGACGGCAGCUGGACAAGAUACACGAUGGGUCGUCCGAAGCUGCCCACAGCGCCUUUGCAGCGCUCAUGCAGCAGCUCCGACCGGCAAAGGAGGAACUACAGGCUUGCUCCCUCGAUGUUGAGUGAUAAUGUGGUUGAGGAUUCUGGG